GAGCUUGAGAUCCUCGGUCCCGCGCCUCGAGCGCCACGGCGUCCUCCUUUUCGGGUCCAGUCCACGCCUUUCCCGCGACCCGCGUAGGGUCGCGCGUGUGUGGCCGCCAGCUCUGCGCCGAGGACAGGCCGGGUGACCGGGAAGAAAGCACGUGCUGGAGCGUUGUAGCGGCCGAGGGCGCGUCUGUUAUCGCCACGCCGCGCCCAGGUCUUGCGGAAGGUCCCCCGCGCGGCGUGUGGUGCGCGGAAGGCCCCGGGCGUCGCGGGACCCGGGCCGCGGGCUUCGGGCUCCUUGGUGCCUCCUGUGACCUCGGCCCCUGAGGUCGGCUCCCAGGCGCUGGCUGGCGUUGCUCUUGGCCGUGUUCUCCUGUGCAGAGUGCGACUCCCCGGCUUCGCCCUUGGCCUGCGGAGGAGGAGACUCGGCUGCAUGUCGCCCGCGCUGCCAGAGCUGAAGCCUUCCGCAGGUGUGAAGAAAAGCCUGCAGGAUGAGAUUGAAGCCAUUCUUCGGGAGAGGAUCAUGGUGCUGGAUGGAGGGAUGGGGACCAUGAUCCAGCGGCAUAAGCUAAGUGAAGAAGACUUCCGAGGUCAAGAAUUUCAAGAUCAUGUCAGGCCCCUAAAAGGCAACAAUGACAUUUUAAGUAUAACUCAACCCAACGUCAUUUACCAGAUCCAUAAGGAUUACUUGCUGGCUGGGGCAGAUAUCGUUGAAACAAACACUUUCAGCAGCACUAGCAUUGCCCAAGCUGACUAUGGCCUCGAACACUUGGCCUACCGGAUGAACAAAUGCUCUGCGGGGGUGGCCAGAAAGGCAGCCGAGGAGGUGUCCCUCCAGACAGGAAUUAAGAGAUUUGUGGCAGGAGCUCUGGGUCCAACUAAUAAGACACUGUCGGUGUCCCCGUCUGUGGAGAGACCAGAUUACAGAAACAUUACAUUUGAUGAGCUCGUUGAAGCAUACAGAGAGCAGGCCAAAGGGCUUCUGGAUGGUGGGGUUGAUGUCUUACUCAUUGAGACUAUUUUUGAUACUGCUAAUGCCAAGGCAGCCUUGUUUGCACUCCAGACACUUUUUGAAGAGGAGUAUCCCCUUCGACCUAUCUUUAUUUCAGGGACAAUUAUUGAUAAAAGUGGGCGAACUCUUUCUGGACAGACGGGAGAAGCAUUUGUCAUCAGCGUGUCUCAUGCAAACCCACUCUGCAUUGGAUUAAAUUGUGCUCUGGGUGCAGCUGAAAUGAGACCUUUUAUUGAAACAAUUGGGAAAUGUACAACAGCCUAUGUCCUCUGUUAUCCUAAUGCAGGUCUUCCCAACACGUUUGGUGACUACGACGAAACUCCGGAUAUGAUGGCCACACAACUAAAGGACUUUGCUAUGGACGGCUUGGUCAAUAUAGUGGGUGGUUGCUGUGGUACGACCCCAGAUCAUAUCAGGGAGAUUGCUAAAGCUGUGAAGAACUGUAAGCCUAGAGUUCCACCUGCCACUGUUUUUGAAGAGCAUAUGUUACUAUCUGGUCUAGAACCCUUCAGGAUCGGACCGUACACCAACUUUGUUAACAUUGGAGAGCGCUGUAACGUGGCAGGAUCCAGGAAGUUUGCUAAACUCAUCAUGGCAGGAAACUAUGAAGAAGCACUGACCAUUGCCAAAGUGCAGGUGGAAAUGGGAGCGCAGGUGUUGGAUAUCAACAUGGAUGAUGGCAUGCUGGAUGGUUCGAGUGCCAUGACCAGAUUUUGCAACUUCAUUGCUUCCGAGCCCGACAUCGCCAAGGUGCCCUUGUGCAUUGACUCUUCCAACUUUGCCGUGGUUGAAGCCGGCUUGAAAUGCUGCCAGGGGAAAUGCAUUGUCAACAGCAUCAGCCUGAAGGAGGGAGAGGACGACUUCUUGGCGAAGGCUAGGAAGAUUAAGAAGUUUGGAGCCGCCGUGGUGGUCAUGGCUUUUGACGAAGAAGGGCAGGCAACAGAAACAGACACCAAAAUCAGAGUGUGCAUGCGGGCGUACCAUCUACUCGUGAAAAAACUGGGCUUUAAUCCAAAUGACAUCAUCUUUGACCCUAACAUCCUCACCAUUGGUACUGGGAUGGAAGAGCACAACUUGUAUGCUGUUAAUUUUAUCCAUGCAACAAAAAUCAUUAAAGAAACCCUGCCUGGAGCCCGAGUAAGUGGAGGUCUUUCCAACUUGUCCUUCUCCUUCCGCGGCAUGGAAGCCAUCCGAGAAGCAAUGCAUGGGGUUUUCCUUUACCACGCAAUCAAGUUUGGUAUGGACAUGGGGAUAGUGAAUGCUGGAAGCCUGCCUGUGUAUGACGAUAUCCACAAGGAGCUUCUCCAACUCUGUGAAGACCUCAUCUGGAAUAAAGACCCUGAGGCCACGGAGAAGCUCCUGCGCUAUGCUCAGACACAUGGCAAAGGAGGGAAAAAAGUCGUCCAGACUGAUGAGUGGAGGAAUGGCCCCAUCGAAGAACGCCUGGAGUAUGCCCUUGUGAAGGGUAUUGAAAAACAUAUUAUUGAAGACACCGAGGAAGCCAGAUUAAACCAGGAAAAAUACCCCCGGCCUCUGAAUAUAAUUGAAGGGCCUCUGAUGAACGGCAUGAAAGUUGUUGGUGACCUUUUUGGAGCUGGAAAAAUGUUUCUACCUCAGGUUAUAAAGUCAGCUCGAGUCAUGAAGAAGGCUGUUGGCCACCUUAUUCCCUUCAUGGAAAAAGAAAGAGAAGAAAAUAAAAUGCAUGCUGGCACAGAAGAAGAAGAGGACCCUUAUCAGGGCACCAUCGUGUUGGCUACCGUGAAGGGCGAUGUGCAUGACAUAGGCAAGAACAUAGUCGGCGUGGUCCUUGGCUGCAAUAACUUCAGAGUUAUUGAUUUAGGAGUCAUGACUCCCUGUGACAAGAUCUUGAAAGCUGCUCUUGAUCACAAAGCAGAUAUAAUUGGCCUAUCAGGACUCAUUACUCCUUCCCUGGAUGAAAUGAUUUUUGUUGCCAAGGAAAUGGAGAGAUUGGCUAUAAAGAUUCCACUGUUGAUUGGAGGAGCAACCACAUCAAGAACCCACACAGCAGUUAAAAUAGCUCCAAGAUACAGUGCCCCUGUAAUCCACGUCCUGGAUGCGUCCAAGAGCGUAGUGGUGUGCUCGCAACUAUUAGAUGAGAAUCUAAAGGAUGAAUAUUUUGAGGAGAUCAUGGAGGAAUAUGAAGAUAUUAGACAGGACCAUUACGAGUCUCUCAAGGAAAGAAGAUACUUAACCUUAAGUCAAGCUAGAAAAAACGGUUUCCAUAUUGACUGGCUGUCAGAGCCCCCUCCAGUGAAGCCCACGUUUCUGGGGACUCGGGUCUUCGAAGACUAUGACCUGCGGAAGCUGGUGGCCUACAUUGACUGGAAACCCUUCUUUGAUGUCUGGCAGCUCCGGGGCAAGUACCCGAAUCGAAGCUUCCCCAAGAUAUUUAAGGACAAAACUGUAGGCGAAGAGGCCAAAAAAGUCUAUGACGAUGCCCAGAACAUGCUGGAAGUGCUGAUCGAUCAGAAGAAGCUCCGAGCCAGGGGCGUGGUGGGGUUCUGGCCGGCGCAGAGCGUGGAAGACGACAUCCACCUUUAUGCAGAGGACGCCGUGCCGCAGUCUGCAGAGCCCAUAGCCACCUUCCACGGGCUAAGGCAGCAGGCCGAGAAGGACUCCGCCAGCACGGAUGCGUACCACUGCCUCUCGGACUUCAUCGCUCCACUGCAUUCCGGUGUCCGCGACUACCUGGGCCUGUUUGCCGUCGCCUGCUUCGGCGUGGAGGAGUUGAGCAGGGCCUAUGAGCAGGAGUGUGACGACUACAGCAGCAUCAUGGUCAAGGCUCUGGGAGACCGACUGGCAGAGGCCUUCGCGGAGGAGCUGCAUGAGCGGGUCCGCAGGGAGCUGUGGGCCUACUGCCGCUGCGAGCAGCUGGACGUGGCCGACCUGCGGCGGCUGCGCUACAAGGGCAUCCGGCCGGCCCCCGGCUACCCCAGCCAGCCUGACCACAGCGAGAAGCUCACCAUGUGGAAGCUGGCCGACGUGGAGCGGUGCACGGGCAUUAAGUUAACGGAAUCCCUAGCAAUGGCACCUGCUUCAGCAGUAUCCGGCCUUUACUUCUCUAAUUUGAAGUCCAAAUACUUCUCAGUGGGGAAAAUUUCCAAGGAUCAGAUUGAGGAUUACGCUCUGCGGAAGAACAUGUCUGUGGCUGAGGUUGAGAAAUGGCUGGGACCCAUUUUGGGAUACGACACAGAGUAACUUUUUUUUUUUUUUUUUUAAAUCCUUUUCUCUGCUUGAGGAUCCUCAAGGAAGCAUAGUGUAGAGUGCCUUUAAAAUGAACGGCAGCAGCAGACCAGCCCGGCUGCCCCUGGGCGACAUUCGUUCUGCUUCAGGCUUUGGAAAACCAUUUGGUGGAUGGAACCUCCCUGUGUCCCUUGGAAAGCAAGUGGUUCCUUUCUAGGGGACCUUGAACCGAGAGCAGCACGCACAGCUCUGGGGGUUUUCCUGGUCCCUCUGGACGGGACAGGCUGGAGAUAGAGGUCUUUUGCAUUUCAAAGCAAGUCAGCUUGCUUUUUUCGUUUUUACUUUGCAUCUAGGAGGCCAGUUGUUAUCUUUUUUUUUUUUUCCUUUCUCUUGCUCUCUGAGAAAAAGGCCCGAGACUUAGCUGAAUAGAGAAAUGUAUGGAAAAAAUGUGACCCCUGGCAAAAUCACAAUGCGUGCAGUGGGGCAUUUUAAUCUGAAUGGUUGUAAUAGUAGACUCUGACAGGGAACAAGGUGUACGUUUGAUCUCCCUCUGGAAGACCUCAUUUUCAUUUUCUCAAGUCCCGAUUACAUGGGUGCAGAAGUCCCUUUGGCAGAAGGCCCGCUCUCACCGUUGACCACUCAGAAAUGCUCA